AUGUCAGGAGAACUCGACAUUUUCGGCCAAGUCCCUGGGAUGUACAAACUGUACACCCAGCUAUGCUCUAUCUAUCCCGCCGAUACGACCUCGGAUGCCACCUGCAUCAACACGUUGACCAACGGACUUGACCGCUUAGCACAGAGCUUCCCAUGGCUUACCGGUCACGUUGUCAACGAGGGAGCAGGGGACGGUUGCACGGGUGUCUUCCGAAUCAUUCCACUGCACAACAUUCAGCUCGUGGUCAAGGACCUGCGAUCUGACCCCUCGGCACCGACAAUGGAUGGCCUCCGUCGGGCCAAGUACCCUUUCACCAUGCUCGACGAGAAUGUCAUUGCUCCUUGUCCAACACUCAAUCUACCGGGCAACCCACCAAACAUCACCUCGGAGUCAGCAUUGGUAUUUUGUGUUCAGGCGAAUUUCAUUGACGGCGGUCUGAUGCUCACCACCGUCACCCAGCAUAAUGUCAUGGACAUGACAGGCCAUGACUUCGUGUUGAAACUGCUGUCCAAAGCAUGCAAGAAUGAGCCAUUCACCAGUGAGGACCUGGCUCUGGGAAACAUGGACCGGAGUGGUGCUAUCCCCCUACUGGACACUUCCUACACCCCGGGCCCUGAGCUCGCCGGCCACAUUGUGAAACCCAGCCUUAAUGAGACCUCGGCUCCAGCCAAGUCAACCUGGGCCUACAUCGAGUUCUCCGAGACACAGCUCGCUGCUCUCAAAGUGCUCGCUUCCAGCUCACUUCCACCGUCCACAAGCUUUGUCUCCACAGAUGACGCCGUCAGCGCCUUCGUUUGGCAGUGCAUUGCCCGGGCUCGCGCCUCGCGCCUCGGAGCGAAUUCCAAUUCGAUGCUUGCGCGCGCCGUUGAUCCCCGUACAUUACUCGAUAUGCCAAAGGAAUAUCCGGGCCUGGUGCAAUGUAUGGCCCACAGCACCGACACAAUUCAAAAACUAUCAGACGAGCCUCUGGGGGUCAUUGCUGCACAGCUUCGGUCCCAACUCGAUCCUAAGGAGAACGACCUGGCUUUUAAGACGCGUGCGCUUGCGACGUACAUGAGUCGAUCGGAAGACAAAUCUCGGGCUUCAGUCACUGCUUCCGUCGAUGUCUCGUCGGAUUUCAUGCUCAGUUCGUGGUCGAGAACUCAGUCUUAUGAGCAAGAUUUCGGACUAGAAUUAGGAAAGCCAGAGGCUGUUCGCAGGCCGCAUUUCACACCGUUUGAAGGAUUGGGGUAUCUGAUGCCUCGAUCGCCGGCUGGUGAGUUGCCUGUUGCUAUUUGUCUGAGAGAUGAGGAUUGGGCGCGACUCAGGACAGAUCCGGAGUUUUUGAGAUUUGCUACAUAUAUUGGAUAG